CAUUUGGGUUUAAAGGGCCAUUUAAUACACAGUAUCCUGGACGCUUCAAUUAACCAACGAAACUACUGGUAGUAUUUAUUUCAAUGGUCUGUGAUGUUGCAUAAAGAGACCUUGAAUAAAAUGGUAAUUUAUCAAAUAAGAUCCUAAUCAAAACCAUUAUGGAUAAACAUGACAUCAUAUCCGAGAUUGGACAGUUCAGUUAUUACCAAAGAAUAAUAGCAUUGACUAUUUUAUUUACCAAUAUUCCUGCUGCCUUUUCCAUGAUGAUGAUGGCUUUUGGUGGAACCAUUCCAGAUUGGACCUGUUCGGUGUCAGAUGAAGCUGUGAUAGAUUUAAACACUACAAAUGUCUGUCCUAUGAACGGAACUGAGUGUAAAAGAAUAUUUUUAACAGAAAUGGAAACAGUUAUAAAUGAGUGGGAUUUAGUGUGUGAUAAGAGAUGGGUUGGUUUCACCAUAACUUCAAUACAAAUGGCGGGGGUUUUGGUUGGUUCACUCGUUGCAGGAUAUAUAUCUGAUGUUUUUGGUAGAAAGAAAACCUUAUAUGGCAGCCAAUUAGUGUUGUUCGUAAUGAAUGUCGUCAAUAUAUUCUCGCCAUCGUGGCAGGUUUUUGCUGGACUAAGAUUUGUGGUCGGUUUAGCCCUCGGUGGGAUUAUGACUGUUAAUUUUCCGCUAGCCAUGGAAUUUGUUGGCCCUCGAUGGAGAAGUAUCCUGGGAGCCAUUCCAGCGUUUUCAUUAGGCUGUGCUUUAAUGCCAUUGGUUCUAUGGUUAACUCCACAGUGGUAUCAUUUUGAAGUUUCCUGUGCCGUUUUAAGUUUUAUUUCACUAUUAGGUUGGUUCUAUGUUCCAGAAAGUAUCAGGUGGUUGGCAGUAAAAGGAAAAAUAGAUGAAGCCGAAAAAAUCAUUUCUAAUAUCGCCAGAAGAAAUAAGAAGCCGACACCAGAUAUGAAAGUUUUACGGGUUAUAUAUGAAGAAGAAAUAUUUCAUAGCAAGGGAAAAAGCUAUUCCUACUUAGAUUUAUUUAGAACUAAAGACAUGGCUAAACGGACACUAAUAUUAUCAGUGGCAUGGAUGUCGCAAUCGAUGACUUUCUUCUGUGUUGCAUUGGGGGUUCAAAAUUUGGCUGGAAAUUUAUUUCUUAACAUGUUUUUAUUAACCAUUGUGGAGAUGCCGUCCCAUUUAAUUGUUUUACUGUCUGCCAAUACAGUGGGUAGAAGAUGGUCUGUAGCAGGGUUUUAUUAUGCUACGGGUCUUCUUGGUCUUGGAGCAGCUUUAGCUACUUUAUAUGCACCAGAUUCAUCCCGUGGAUCUAUAGUUAAUGCCUGUGCUAUGUUAGCAAAUCUAUGUGUGGGUACUAGCUGGACAGUAAUGAUGGUGUUUACUACAGAACAAUAUCCUACAGUUAUAAGGAAUCUUGGAUAUGGUGUUGGUAAUAUGAUGGCACGUUUAGGGGCUAUAUUUUCAUCACAGAUAGUAGCGUUAGCAGCAGAUGGAGCUUAUAUACCGUAUGUUAUAAUAACAGUUUUAAUGGUUCUAUCGGGUAGUUUAGUUUUAACAUUAAGUGAAACUAGGGGUACAGCAUUGCUAGAUUCUCUACAAAACAGUGAAAAGAAAGAAGAAACAACAAAUCUGCAAAACAAUUAACAGGUGAUGAGAUGUGCAUGGGUGUAUCCAACUAGGACAUUGUAGCCUAUUUGUUAAAUAGUGACAGACAAUUUCUGUGAAAGCAGUCAUAUCGUCUAUAAUUUUAGAUCUGAAUUCAUAUUAAAUAGGUGUAUAUAUCUUAAAUACAGUACAAAAAAAGUUAAAUGUAUAUCAACAUAACAGAAGAUGUAGUGCACCUGAAUUUAAACAUGAUCAAACCAACAAACUCCAUUAUAUUUAUCUCUUCCUGACUGCCCAGAAAAACAGUUUUGGCCUUUAAUUGUAUGAUAAACACGUCCGGAAUAUAAGUCCCUUGGUGUCAUUUGUAUUUUUCGACUUUAUACACGUUUAUUUAAUUAAGAAACCAAAUUAAAAUAUUAACGUUGGAUAUUCUCUCGGCUUCUAUUCAAUCCGAUGCAAAGGGUGUCCAUGAAAAUUUUAGGUGGGGCUGACAGAUUUUGACCCUAUCCCAUUAUGUGUUGACAAAUUUUGAAAUCAUCAUAUCUUUGUAAAGACUGAACGGAAUCCAAUCGUUUUUGGAUUCCUAUUCCUUUCGGAGUUCGCCAUUAACAAUUCGUAAAUGACGUUCAUAGGAGUAAGUGACACACGUGCUGAAAAACAGAUUCGCGUGAUGUACUUAGUUAUUUUCUUGAAAAGUGUCAAGAUUUGUUUAAAAUAUAUAUACCACCACCAAAGUCCAUGCAUUAUAUAAACGUUUAGUGCUAUUCUUGUCAGCAUAAUGGACUGAACUCUAUACCUCACAUCUAAAAAUGACACAAUUUGUUUAAAACUUCUUCUUGUUCCUUGCUAUUGUUUUGAUUUUUUUCAAAUAAAAUCCAUUUUUAUCAGAUUUUCUUAACAACUUGUUCAUUUUUAUCAUUCGGAUUCCUUUUAUCACAGUAUAUGUCAAUUUUGGUGUCCUAGUCUAAAUAUAUAUAUACAGAAAUACAAUUUUUAGCAGAUUGUGUGAAAUGGCACUCGUCAACCUUAUUGCACUAUAAGCAUCCUCGAUUCUUGAAACAAUCACAACCAUAUUAUAUAAAUUAUACAAAUUUAGUGCGAAGCCAGUUGUAUAUAUGUGUAAACAAAUGCUCAAGAAAUCAAAUAUAGAUGUACAUUAAACGAUAAACCAAAGAUAAAAUUUUAAUAAAUAUGUAUAUAAAAUGUU